AGCGACCAAGGUUCAGUUCGAGUACGUACAAGCUAAAGUAAGGAGGUGUGUAAACAAAGCUCCAGUGGUUUCUUUGUUGAACAUCGGAAAGGCCUGUAAGAAAUCAGGAGAACAUUCACAAUGGUUGACACACAAAUAAUGGCCACUGGAUUAAAUUUCUCUGGAAUCGGGGACAUAUUAGGUCCUCUACAAGUCUCUGAAGAUAAAACCAUGUACACAUCAGGAGAUUGCCAAGAAAGCCCGCCUUCAGACUACUGCCAGAUCACGAAGAGUUGCGUUUUGAAUCUCCUGGAGGAAGGUAUAGCGCCGGCCGACCAGCACCUACUGUUGCCGCCCGGCUUAUUAGACGACGUAACCAACGCCAUCUGGAAGAUGGCUGUUGAUGAGCCUUGCGGGUUCAGGGGUUGCGUGUUGAACAUAGUGCUCUGCAAUGAUGCCUCAGACAGCGAGCCUAAGAAGAGGCGUUCUCUACUGCACUUGAAAAACAACAUACUUGUUACCCACAAAAUCACCAUCCUUCUGUAUCCGGACACUAGUUCAUGGUUCUCCAAAAUGGCUCGCCUGUUCCGGGCGAAGAACACAGUAGUCGCAUCCCAUUUCUCGUCAGAAAUAUCUCGGAUGUGUUCCUUCGAUUAUUAGAUUCCAUGCAGCAAUCGCGCAGUUUUUCAAAUAUCUUAAUGUAAUGAAAAGCUGUCAUUGUAUUGUGUGAUAAUUUUAUUUUCUGCAGCAAUACUUUAAGUUGUAGAGUUUGCGUUGGAAAUCUUUCUGAAGUUUUCCUUUCAUUUUGAUCUCAUUUCUGUUAUCUACUGGUCAAGUGAUUGUUUUCUCGUGACCAUGUUUUCUCGAUUGUUUACGGCACUGUGAUAGCUAGCGAAUCUUUGGUUCUAGUCGGAGCUUCUUUUUGUGAACUACUGUGUUGAAUGUUCGACUGUCAUUUGCGAGUCUUACGUGUCCGUAGCACAAACCUAGUUUAGUGACAUAAGUCUUUCAGUAGCUCUUAAGGUAUAUUUUGGCAGGAAUUUUUAUAUGCCAUCUCUUCCAAGUUGAGAGGCUUCUGUAAUCGUCGGACCCGUCCUUGUAAGAGGAAAUAUUUUACUCAAGUAUAAGAAAAACCUAUGA